CGUUCCCCGGCAGAAGCAGCGCCUCCCUGUGUACACACCGAUUGGUUGGAUGUCUUGACGGACUCGCCUUCUCCACAGACCGUCUCCAGUCCAGGGCGGGGCUGACUCUCCGUCAAACUGAAUUAGCCUACAACCGGCAGAAGAAAACUUACCCCGGGUCGGUCCAUGGAGCAGUGUGGGAAUGCUCUAUUCGUAGGCGGGGAGCAGAGACCCGGACGGCAGCCACAUUUCGGCCACAUACAUCAGCCUGGACUGCCCACACUGCUGCUGCUGUGAACAGGAGAGACCAGAUUUAACAUCACGGCACCGGGCUGGGCUUAAAAAACAUCUGCGGGUUGGAGAAAGAAGCGUGUUUAUUCCUGCUGCUAUCAGGAUGAUGUGAGAAAUUACUCAUUUACUACCUUGGAGAAGAAAAAAUCUGUGGAACCAGGUUUUUUUUCCACUGCUGGAGAUCAUCUGAGCUGCUUGUUCUAAGGCUGGCAGGCCUAGGGUGGGACAGAGAACAUGGCUGAACCACGGCGGGAGAGCACCAGCAGCCUGCAGAGGAAAAAACCUCCCUGGCUCCGAUUGGACAUUCCCACUGCUCAGAUGUCACUAGACGAGCCUCCCACGUUUGUUCAGCCGGUGAAGAGGCAGGGGUUCCUGCGCAGCAUCAGCAUGCCAGUGGAGACCUCUCACCUCCAGUCUCCACCCCGGGAAUUCUUUGACACCCGGCGGCCGGUCUUACAACGCCAGUCAUCCAUCACUCAGACCAUAAAGAGCACUUUUUCCUUCUGACUGCUUCUUGUUAUCUCUUAUCUUUCCUUCUCCCUCCAUCUAUUCCCUCUUGCCACCUUCCCUCCUUCACGCCCCCUGUUCUGCGUGGUCACAGCAGCAGAAGGGUGCACUUUGAGCGGAUUAACACGGUGCCCAUUAAGGGGCAGCGGGCUGCUCGCCGCAGCACCAGGAAACACCACUCGCUCUCCAGAACUCUGCUCAGGGGAACAGCGGACUGGUUUGGAGUCAGUAAGGACGGCGAUGCCACCCAGAAAUGGCAAAGGAAGAGCCUUCGCCACUGCAGCAUGCGCUACGGGAAGCUGAAACCGCAGGUGAUCCGAGAGAUGGAUUUGCCCAGCCAGGACAACAUCUCCUUAACCAGCACGGAGACCCCGCCUCCUCUCUACGUCCCCUCCUCCCAGCAUGGCAUGCAGAAGAUUGUGGACCCACUGGCACGAGGGCGAGCCUUUCGUAUGGUAGAGGAGGUAGAUGGCUACAGUGUGCCUCAGACCCCCAUCACCCCCGGUGCUGCCUCGCUAUGCUCCUUCACCAGCUCCCGCUCAGGUCUCAACCGACUGCCUCGACGACGGAAGAGGGAGUCUGUGGCGAAGAUGAGUUUCAGGGCGGCUGCAGCGCUAGUAAAGGGGCGCUCAUUACGAGACAGCACUCUACGACGGGCCCAAAGACGGAGCUUCACCCCAGCCAGCUUCAUGGAGGAGGACAUGGUGGACUUUCCUGAUGAACUCGACACAUCUUUCUUUGCCAGAGAUAUUCUGAUGCAGGAGGAGCUGUCCACGUACACAGACGAGGUGUUUGAGAGUCCAUCUGAGGCAGCCAUGAAAGACGCGGAGCCCAGCAGCAAGAAGGACGAGACCGAGCUGACAGGCAGCGCCCUGGAUAAGACUGAGCUGGAGAGAAGUCAUCUCAUGUUACCUCUGGAGCGAGGCUGGCGUAAAGCCAAAGAAGGAACUCCUGGACCACCAAAGGUGCCCUUACGGCAGGAGGUGGUGAGUGUGACGGGUCAGCGGCGCGGUCAGCGCAUAGUUGUACCUGUCAAGAAGCUGUUUGCCCGAGAAAAGAGGCCUUAUGGAUUGGGCAUGGUCGGGAAGCUCACAAACCGCACCUACCGGAAGCGUAUUGACAGCUACGUCAAGAGGCAGAUAGAGGACAUGGAUGACCACAGGCCUUUUUUUACCUACUGGAUCACAUUUGUCCAUUUACUUAUCACUAUCCUGGCUGUAUGCAUCUAUGGUAUUGCACCAGUGGGCUUCUCCCAGCAUGAGACAGUUGAUUCUGUUUUAAGAAACAAAGGGGUGUAUGAAAAUGUCAAGUUUGUACAGCAGGAGAACUUUUGGAUCGGGCCGGGUUCGGAAUCUCUGAUCCACUUGGGGGCCAAAUACUCUCCAUGCAUGCGGCAGGACAAGCAAGUGCAUGAUCUUAUCAGGAAAAAGAGAGCUGUUGAACGCAACUCUGCCUGCUGUGUGCGAAACGAUCGCUCCGGCUGUGUCCAAACCUCAGAGGAGGAAUGCUCGAGUACUCUAGCUGUGUGGGUGAAGUGGCCGAAGCAUUCCAGCGUUCCUAAGUUAAAUGGUACAGACAGACAGCAUGGCUCUGUGUGCCACCAGGAUCCCAGGAUAUGUUUAGAGCCUGCCUCAGUAUCACCUCAUGACUGGCCUGAUGACAUCACAAAGUGGCCGAUUUGCACCAGGUACAACACAGGGAACCACACCAACCUGCCUCACAUAGACUGUACCAUCACAGGCCGACCCUGCUGCAUUGGAACCAAAGGGAGGUGUGAAAUCACAUCUCGGGAGUAUUGUGACUUCAUGAUGGGCUACUUUCAUGAGGAGGCUACACUCUGCUCUCAAGUGCAUUGCAUGGAUGAUGUCUGUGGACUCUUGCCUUUCCUCAACCCUGAGAUCCCAGAUCAGUUCUACAGGCUCUGGCUCUCACUUUUCCUCCAUGCUGGGAUCCUUCACUGCCUAGUGUCAGUGGCUUUUCAGAUGACCAUCCUGAGGGACCUGGAGAAGCUUGCUGGCUGGCUGCGUAUCUCAAUCAUUUACAUCAUCAGUGGCAUCACUGGCAACUUAGCAUCAGCCAUCUUCCUGCCCUACAGAGCUGAGGUGGGUCCAGCAGGCUCUCAGUUCGGGAUCCUGGCCUGCCUGUUCGUAGAGUUGUUCCAGAGCUGGCAGAUCCUGGCGCAGCCCUGGAGAGCCUUCACCAAACUGCUGUGUGUGGUGCUCUUCCUCUUUGCCUUUGGGCUCCUGCCCUGGAUUGACAAUUUUGCCCAUAUCAGCGGCUUCAUCUCCGGCUUCUUCCUGUCCUUCGCCUUCUUACCCUACAUCAGUUUCGGCCGCAUGGACCUGUACCGCAAACGCUGUCAGAUCAUCGUCUUCCUGCUGGUGUUUGUCGGGCUCUUCUCAGGCCUCGUGGUGCUCUUCUACGUCUACCCAAUCAAGUGCGAGUGGUGUGAGUUGCUUACCUGUAUCCCUUUCACGGACAAAUUCUGCGAGAAGUACGACCUCAACGCUCACCUGCACUGAGACAUGGACAGUGUGAGGUCAACAGGAAGGCACCAGGUCAAAGGAUGUGGACUGAAAAGUGAUAUCAGCCAUUUCAUGUCUCUGCCCCUGUGUGUGCGGAGGGGAUCUCCUCCUUCUCUGUGAACAGUAUACUUGUGUUUUUUUACUCUGUCAGUAUGAAUACCUAUGCCACUCCUCUUAAGGACUUCCUUUAAUCACCUCCCUGUUCACGGGCAGUCAUUUUCCCUCCUUCACUGUCCAGUGAAACAAAGCUAUGGCACUUCUGAACCUCAUCACAGCACCCAGCUGCCCUUUACAUGUGAGGGAAGAAUUAGAGAAGCCACCACUGGUACAGAGAAAAGGAAUAUUUUUUUAAUUUACAGCACACUUCAGAUGAAAGGUUUUAUUAUUACUAUUCAGGCAACCUCAUAACAGAAGCAGGGACAAACAUCAUAUAUUGAUACCUUUGGUGCCUUGUUGAAAAAUGUACCAACUACUGCCAUAUUUUUGUUACGUUACGCUGAGCACUCGAAUGUUUUCUUUAAUCGGUUUAUUGCUUCUCAAGAAGUGAUGAUGGUUCUGAACAUGGUAGUGUUUUAGCUACCUGUCUACUCACAUGUAACUGAAAACAACAGUAAAAAAAAUCUAUAAAUUUAAA